AUGUUAGCCCAAGGCUACGCCCAACUUGGACUUCAGCAAACAAACAUCGAGAUUGAGAAGCGCAACGCUACCCUAAAAUCGCAGAGCGCAUUCGACCAAGUCCGAUACCGACUCCCUACGGUACCCCUUCAGCCUCUCGGAAGGGAUCUCCCACGAAGGGUGCCUCAUCCACGUACGUGUCAGCCACCAUGGCUCCUGGCUCGGUCACGCCGAGCCUUCGAUUACCUCGAACGCCCUCACUUCAUGCUGCAAACCGAGACAGUCACGGAGUCCGCGUCAUUGCAACCACCAUUGUAUCUCUAUCCGGUGGUCGUCCCACCCGUUCCAGUGGCUCCGCCUCCGGCGACACGUCCAGAGUACAGUAUGUUUGGUCAAACGGGGAGAGGGCCUCUCAAUAUGCCGAAACCGGGGCACGGGCCCCCUAGAUACCCCUCGGCAAAUCAAGGAAAUUCUGGCAGUCAACCAGGCCAAGGGCCCAGCGGAGGGCCUCGAGGGGACCUCCCCAUGAUCCAACGGCCCUGGGGGAUAGGUAGCAAUGAGAAUUUUUUCUGGACGACACAGAGGACCACCUCCUGGACGGGAGGAGGAGGUGACUAUGGAGGGGGAGGGGGACCGCCUGGAAACUCUUACCCUUCCCAACCCACCUCUGACGCGGCUCGGCGAUCUUUGGCUCGACAGGUAAUGACCGAUGCACGGAAGUACGCCCUGAAGCUAGACAAUGUGGACCAAACGAUCCCUCGAGCAUUUCCUUUCCCGGUUCGACGAGCUACCAGAAAACAAUGA